CGGAGAUCGCAGGCCGUGAAGUUGCGGGGCGAUGAAGAGGCAGACGCUACAGCUCAUGUGGUGCCGGGACCAGGAUCGAGAACGCAUCAAGUAUUGACCGGGAAGACUACAGGGAGCUUGAACGAUGGACCGUACUCAGCUGAGCAAAAAGCGCAAGAUUCUACGGAACCAGGUGACGACGAUCCAGAACGAUUUUGACCGACGAACGCCGGAUGAAGAACACCAGGACAUCACCGAAUUGGCAGCACGCAUCGACAGGCUACAAAGCCUCAACGUCUCUCUCAAAGAAGUCGACAGCCAGAUUGAGCCUCUUCUUACUGAAGAUGAGUUUCACCAGGAGUUCACGAAGCAGCUGGAUUAUCAAAACAGAGUGGAAAUGACCCUCUUCAUGGCAAGGGCCCACGUCGACGCUCGUAGAUGUGCAAUGACCACCUCUGAUAUCCCUCCGAUCGCACAUCCACAUGGAGGUGCCUCCCCUGCGCGUGUAUUUACCGUUGCAGCACCACAAACGCAAGCCGCUGUCCGCCUUCCCAAACUAGAAAUGAUGAAGUUCGACGGCAAGCGAUGUCAUUGGCAGCAAUUUUGGAGCAAAUUCAAUGUGACUAUCCACACUAAUGGAUCCCUCCCUCAGAGCAGCAAGAUGCAGUACCUAAUGGCUGCACUACAAGGGGAAGCUGCGAACGCCGUGGAAGGCCUACAGUUGACUCCUGGCACUUACGAAUCUGCCAUCGAGAUUCUCCGCAAUCGUUUCGGCAACGAUAACCUCCUAAUCCAAGAACACCUCAAAAGCCUGGCGGAUAUCGAACCCGUACGUACGCUCGAGCCGACAUUUCUACGACUUACGGAGGCCAUAUGACACAGUCCAGCAGGCUCACAUUCGAGGACUGAACUGCCUUGGCACUACUACAGAGUCUUACUGGUCUAUGCUGUACCCGAUCUUGCUGAGAUCUCUUCCGAUGGAUAUGGCAUUGCAAUUUAACCGUGCACUUACCGAGAAAACGUCAUCGACCGCUGCGACAUCGACCGCUUCGACAUCAGCCUCUACAGGCACAUCGUUUCACAACAACGCGUUGAAGUUACUACUGAUAUUACUAGGAAACGAAGUAAGGUACCGCGAAGAACUCACCCAGCGUACCUUUCAAUCUCCACCCGAACAUGACCCCACAAAGACGCCGGAGUUUCGCAAGUUUAAACCGGCGAAUGGUCGUCCAGUGGUCAUAUUGCAAAACAUGGUCAAGGCAGGCAAGGGAAAUGAACGCUGCCUCCUUUGCAAGAUGACAAGGCAUGCGAUAGCAGAUUGUACAAGCGCAAAGUCUCUUGCCUAAAAGAAACACACAUUAGCAGAGCAACGCCGAUGCUUCAAAUGUUGCAAGCCGAGUCACGCUGCAAGACAUUGCAGAAGCCGUCCGAAAUGCCACAAAUGUGCCGGUCACAACGCAACGACGAUGUGCGACCCAGAAUAUAAGCCUCCGUCAUCUGCCCCUGCUCCUGGAACGUCCGCGACAGUCACUCUGAAGACCACAGUUAAUUGCUCUCCCUGUACCGUAUUCCAAAGUCGACGCCUCAGCCCGACGACUCAGCGCCUGCACGCCCAUGCGACUGCUCACGCUUAUUCAUUCUUCUCCUGAGCACUAUCCAAUA